AUGUCUCUCGGCGUAGGGAUUAUUGGCAGCGGCCUCUUUGUUCGCGCUGAGCAUCUGCCUGCCGUUUUGAAGUGCGACGCCCUCUCGCUCAAAGCAGUUUAUUCACGAUCUCUGAAGUCCGCUCAGGAGACUGCAGCUUUAGUUCCUGAAGUAGUUCCUCAGCCAGACCUGUACCAUGAAGGCUCUGAUACCAACUCUUACAAGGCGCUACUUGCUCGCGACGAUGUACCGUGCCUCAUCAUGGCACUCCCCAUUGUUCCGCAACCAGACUUUAUCAAGCAGGCACUUGACGCCGGCAAACAUGUGCUUGCUGAAAAGCCCGUUGCUAAAGACGUCGCAACCGCGCAGGAGCUCAUCGCAUACGCCAAGAAUACAAAGGGAACGCUGGCUAUUGCAGAAAACAUUCGCUUCUACGAAUCGUUUGCGUUUGCGCACAAGCAUGCUCUCACCUUUGGAAAGGUCACUCACUUUACCGUCCGCGUCUUUACACACAUGAAGCAGGAAUCCAAGUGGUUCCAAACAGAGUGGCGCAAGACUCCAGAAUACCAGGGCGGCUUCUUGCUCGACGGCGGCGUCCACUAUGCUGCCGCCACGCGUCUCCUGCUAGGUGGUGCUGACUCUCAAGUGGCUAGUGUUCUUGCCAAGUCCACACUGGUAAAGGAACAUCUCAUUCCCAUUGAUACGGUGACGGCGAUCAUGACGACCAAGUCGGGUGCCAUUGGCACGUACUCGCAUUCUGUCGGCUCCAACAUGUCGCUCUUUGAUUUCGAAUUUGCUUACGAAAACGGCUCCAUCAGCUUUGGUCCCGCAGGCUCUGGCGGAGGCGACGUCGUCAAGGUGAAGCCGGUUAGCGGCGAUACAAUUGUCCAGGAGUUCUCGGAGGACUCCAGAAAGAACGGUGUUCCUAGCGAAGUCAAGGCGUGGGCUCAAUCUAUUCUCGACAACAAGCCCAAUCCUCUUCAGAGUGCAGAGGAGGCUCUUGCGGAUCUCGAGUUUAUGGAAAGCAUUUUCAAGAGCGGCGAGACUGGAUGCAGCGUUGAAUGCAAGCUGCAACUGUAG